AUGCAUCUCGAACUUGUUCUUGUGGGUCCUGCAGCUCUGACGGCAGCUGCGCCGCUCGACAAGAUCAGCGACAGCUCAAUGCAUCAGGCUCAGGAUACCGACUAUACCAAGUAUGCCGGAUAUCGCCAAUACUACUCUUACGAGCCGCACUCCGCCGCAAUUGGAGCAGAGGCGGUCAAGAUGCAGCAAGUCGUUGAGAACAUGGCCGAUUCUGGCGCAACCGUAACCUCCAUAGCCACUCCCUCGCACGCGCGCUUCGACAGCGACGAUUCAUUGAUAUUGGCCGAGUACGGCCUGCCUGAACUUCGAGCCUCUCCGAACGCGACCGGGACAAGUCCCACGAAUAUCAUGGGCUCUUUCACCGACUUCGACAUGACAUUUGCGCAGAGUCAAGGAUUCGGGUCCAAUUUCGAUGGGGUACAACCAAAGAUAGAAUCUGGAUAUGCGGAUCACAGAGGCAGUAUUGGCAAUAUGAGCGAAGAGGGUAUGAGUGGUGGCGGGAGUGCGCAUCCCAAUCGGAUGAGCAUUGGAAGAAGCCCCGGCCACGACGGAAACAACACCAGUCCCGACAGUGCGCCCACAAUGGGCAUGCUCGCCAUUGGAGACCCCAUGAACGAGGCCUCAGCGCUCGCCAUGAAGCUCAGUGGAAAUGACGGCACAGAUCAUUCGACGACAUCGCGGAGGAGCAAGGACGACGUUCAAGAUCCGCCGCUUUGGAGCGAGAUGAAGACAAAGGCUGGCAAGGAGAGGAAAAGGCUACCACUUGCUUGUAUUGCAUGUCGGAGGAAGAAGAUUCGCUGCUCAGGCGAAAAGCCAGCCUGCAAACAUUGCCUGAGGAGUCGGAUACCCUGUGUUUACAAGGUUACCACUAGGAAGGCAGCACCGAGAACGGACUAUAUGGCUAUGCUGGAUAAAAGGCUGAAGCGCAUGGAGGAUCGUGUAAUCAAGCUGAUACCGAAAGAAAGCUUACCCUCUGUUGCGAAUGUGGGCAGAUCCGUCGUUAAGCCCGCUAUCCCCGGCGCCCCACCCAAAACACCCACCACGAAGAAGCGCGCCGCAGAAGAAGCAUUUGGCAACGAACUGGACGAAUGGUCGAAGACAAAAGGCGCAGAUCCGGACACGGCCGGCUCGACAUCGCAUGGCAAGGAAUCUGAUGAGAGCAAACUUCUGACAGAAGGGGCGGAAAGCUUGCCGUCGAAAGAAAUACAAGAGCAUUUGGCUGAGGUGUAUUUUGACUAUGUAUAUGGUCAAAGCUAUCCUCUCCUGCACAAGCCGAGCUUCAUGCGAAAAUUAGCAACUGGGAAGGUACCCCCAGUACUAAUACUAGCCAUGUGCGCCAUAUCAGCACGAUUUUCGAACCACCCACAACUACGGACAGAGCCAUGUUUCUUACGGGGCGACAACUGGGCUGAGCGGGCACGAGAGAUCGCGUUGAAGCGGUACGACGCACCGAAUAUCACCAUUUUGAUAGUCUACCUGCUACUCGGACUACAUGAGUUCGGUACUUGUCAAGGUGGACGGAGCUGGAUGUUUGGGGGUAUGGCGCAAAGAAUGGCAUACGCACUACAACUGCACAAGGAAAAUGAAUAUGACCCGCUCGUCAACGAGCCAGACAGGAAGCCCCUGAGCGCUACUGAUCGGGAAAUACGGCGGCGGACUAUGUGGUCUUGCUUCCUCAUGGACCGCUUCAACUCGUCUGGUACCGACCGACCACUCUUCGUACACGAGCAAUACAUUGAAGUGCAACUACCAGUCAAGGAGCAUCUCUACGUACACGAAAUACAUGCGCCAACCGAGAACCUAGAAGGCAACGUGCCGAACCCCGUUCCACCCGACAGUGGUCAAUUGGCAAACCCGCGCGAUAAUAUGGGCGUCUCGGCAUACACCAUACGGUUGGUUUGCAUAUGGGGGAAACUCAUCAAGUACAUGAACUUGGGAGGAAAGGAACGAGAACAAGAACCCAUGUGGUCAACCGAAUCGACUUGGCACACUAUUAAGAAAGAGGCGAAGGACUUUAAAGCGGCAUUGCCUGAGAUGCUCGUCUACAACCCCGAGAACCUCAAAAGUCAUGCUAUUGGAAAGACCGCAAACUCGUUCUUGUAUCUUCAUAUCUUAUGGCAACAGAUCAUGCUGUUCAUGCACAGAUUCGCGUUGCCUUCGACUGCCGGCAGCAGACCUCCGAAGGAUAUGCCACAUGACUUCCUCACAGAGUCCGCACGCUCCGCGCUCGAUGCCGCAAAUCAAAUCUCGAUGCUCAUCAACGAAGCUAUGGAUCACAACGUCGUCGCACCGUUCGCCGGCUAUUCAGCCUUUUUCUCCUCGACUGUACAUGUCCAUGGCGUGUUCUCGAAGAAUCCGAAGUUGGAGGCGCAAUCGAAAAAGUAUUUGGCAUACAAUGUCAAAUACCUGACGAAAAUGAAGAAGUAUUGGGGCAUGUUCCACUACAUUGCAGAAAACCUGAAGGAGCUGUAUCGCCAACAUGCUGAUGCGCAGCUGAAGGGACCGAAUGCAAGCGGUGAUAAAAAGAAGGGUAGUAUCUUUCAGUAUGGCGACUGGUUCGACAGAUACCCGCACGGUGUCUCGAAAACAGACUACGAGGACGCAGCCGAGUCAAAUCCAAAUGAGCCAGGUACUGAUGCUGUCCUGGGACACAAGAGCGAUCUGCAAAGCGUGGAAGAGUUCUUCGCAUCGCUAUCCCCACCGUCCAAAUCCGAUCAACAGCGCAAGCAAGCACGCAAGAACAAAUCGAAGUCCAUCUCAAAACCGGAUCUCGCAGCGUCAAACAACCAAGAUAUGCCACGGCUACAACGGCACAACAGUCACUCCCAGCAGAGCCAUGCUGCCCGCUUACAAGUGCAACAGCAGAUGAAUCAGCUCAACAUGGCCUCACAAGACGCAAUAGACGCCGCUAUCGCCGCUGGCUACGACCCUGCCGCUCUCUUCGCCCAACAACAGCAACAACAUACCUCUCCCCAACAAUUCCUCGCCGACUUCGCAGGCUCCCAUCACGCGCACCAACAACACACGCACCACCCUUCUCUCCCACUCAUUAAUACCUCGCCUACGAUGAUUCACCCCUCGCACGCACACCAGAUGGACCCUACGAAUCUCUCCCCCUUCCCCGAUCUGACUACCGAUUUCAAUAACGCUUUCUGGAAUCUCGAAGCCAUGGGUCUGGGUAACAGCGCCAACAACAACAAUUUCUUCGAUCCGAUGAGCAGUUACUUUGUGCCAUUCAACGUAGAGCCGCCGCCACAACAUAGCCUAGGUGAUGAUGGAGUUUUCGCGGGUCAGGGUGCUGAAGCCUACGGCUUUGCGCUUGGUGCGGGAACGCCCGUGGAUUUGGAUAUGAUGCAUGGUGGUGGAGGGUCAAGGAUGCAUAGGGGGAGUGUUAGUGGGGGACGGUCCGGUUUGGGCAGGAGAGGGACGGGAAUGGAUUGA